CAUAUAACACUUUAAAGUGGGCGAUGUUCAUGAUACAGAUGUACAUCUGUAACAUGUAUUCCAUUCCUGAAGGAAUAUAUACGUACAUUUCGGUCGUUUGCAAGUCGGAACAAUUCAUCACAAUCCGUCUUCAUUUUUGUCUCGCCACGAAAAAAAUGGGAGAUGAUUCACUGACCUAUCACCCGGUCUAAAAAUGGGGAUUUAUAGUUAUACCCCCAUCGACCUGGGAUUUACACCCGUGCUCUGCUUUAAUCUGAAAUGUACUAAAAUUCAUAACCUCAGUUGAAAUUCUCAAAAAUUAUCUUGCCAUAGCACCCACAAACGUAAAGUUAAGGCCCCAGGGUUGUAUUUCGGUUUAAAGGAUUCAGAUUAUUUCGCCUGAUCUCUGUUGUCUGCAAGGAUUGCAUUUGCUAACCUUGCUACUGAUUGUAACAAUGAAGUUUGCAUUGCUAUGUAGCAAUCUACCAGGAUAAAUAAAGAUCUACUCCUUUGUCGCUUGAGUUUGUAAUUUAAGCAAAAUUGGGAACGGAGUUAUCUACUGAACGCCUUUUGAAUUUCACCCCCUCCACAUUUUCGGGAGAAUAGUAUACAAACUGGCCCUGUAGGCCUAUUCCUUAAUAGUGAGUGUAAAUUUCAGUGCUUACUGAGCAUGUAUGGUUCACUAACCUUAUGGGCAAAUAGAGGAAUUAAUAUCCAAGUUCUGAUUUGAUUUUGAUAUCCGUUGGAAAGCAUACAUGCUCCAAUCCAGGUCUUAAAUACAUUAGGCAUAUGUGCUAUCAUUGUGUCAGCUCUGUUUUCUUAACAACUGCCAAAGCGGACUGAGUGUUGUUCGACGUUCCGGGAUCAGUGCCCCCAACCCGGAUCAGUAACUGUUCAAGGAUACUUAUUUCGUCUUGAUCAUCUUAAAAAAUGAUAAAGAUAGCGUAAUGUAUGCAUGGGUCUUGGCCAUGUUCCUAGUGUGUCUGAACGUCAAUACGAAGAAGUACUUCUGUGUUGUGAUCAAAUCCAUCAAAGAUCCGAGGCAAAUUCUCUACCUUGAUAUCACCAUUGCACAAUUUAUUUCACGCCAAAUCUGCAUGUGCCUGUCUGUCAGCUGAUGUCUUUUGUACUCCAUAACUUUGUGCAAAUACAGAACAGUGUAGUACUUAUAAUAUUAAAAAUAUGCUUAAAUUUGAAUGAAGUAUAUUUUGAACGAAUGGUUAAGCGAUGGUAUCACCAUGCCCAACUCUUAGUAGGUUUGGGAUAUGUCCCCCAUCCUUCCAAAAGGGGCCAUAGGAACAUACUCCACCUGCUUGUACUAUGCGGACGGAUCCCAUGGAGAAACCCUAUUUUAUUUGGAAGAGAGGUAGCAGAAGGACAUCAAAUACAAUGUCUCAUGAUAAUUUAUACUCCCAUGACCCAACAUUAACUUUUUAACCACUACCGUUCAGUAGUAGGUUAGUGGAGUAACCCCCAACGGAGGCCGAUGCUCGCCAGCACGCUUCCAUUUUAUCAAGGUUACCGUAUUGGACGAAAAGAAUAAUCACUUACCUUCACUUUCCCCUUGAAUAUUUAGCAAACCCUGAGGUGCCCCGUAAAAUUUAAUCCUAGUGAUGUUGCUGUUUGUAACCUUUGUGUAAGUAUGGUGGUGGACAUUUUGUUUCAGUUUUCCUUUUUCCUUGCCCUAUUUUAUCGUAUUAAAAUUAAUCAUCUUUGGCUCACGGAAUCAUUUGAUUCACGUUUCAGUAUAAUAUGAUCCCACGACACUGUCGCUUUUGUGGAAGUGCUAGGUCUUCCACAUAUUGGCAGAACACAAUCAAUAUUUUUAUGAUACGUGUCUUGCUUUUGCAUAUGACUUUCUCAACCUUUCAUUCCAUCAUCACCAACUUUACUUAUAGACACAUAAUUAUUAACGUCAGUGAUGAGAAAUAUUCUUAUGAUAUGUGUCUUAUUUUUGCCUAUGACUCUCUCAACCUUUGACUUGUUCAUUUCAUCAUUACCCACUUUACUUCUAGACACAUAAUAAUUGACGUCAGUGAUGAGCACUUCCCCCAAGUUACAUAACUUUCCAGCCCCCACCCUAACCAGCAACCGGCAAGUUUGACAUCUGUUAUCAUAAAGCAAUUAGUGUCCCAAAAUACGUCCAUUUCAUAUUGGUCCGAUUGCUUGAUUGCAGUAUAUAAUUAUUCUGCUUUGCCAGUAUUGGCAAGCACCCAAGUGCAUAUCCUCCUUGCAAACAGGACUGUUCUACUUCCUCCUCCUGACAGAAACAUUCGUAGUUCACUGCAGAGUCCAACAAGGAAAUAAGACUUCAGUUACUGUUAGGGCUAGGCUAAUGUCAUUUGAUUUCACUUUCGGAUUUGACUCAAAGGCUACGCAUCGGUUGCGGUAAUGCCCGCGGAAACAAUAGUUGUGUAUAUAAAAGCGAUACUAAGUUGCGUCUCUUAUUUAGUUUCACAGCUUCCAGGGACCAGCUCCAGAAUACUUUCUUUCCUAGGACCCGAGAAAAGAACUUGUAAGAGCUUGGUAAUCAGAAUUGAAUUCAGACGAAGGCAGUCAUGAAUGUCCUAUGUGACGGAGCAUCGAGUAACACGGUGUUUGCGUGUCUGGCCAUUUUCGUUUUUUGUACCAUCGGAUGCAGAUAUGAAGUGGCAGCUUUAGUACCAGUCCGACUUACAGACGGUAGUGUACCAACUGAGGGAAGAGUGGAAGUUUUCUACCAAGGCCAAUGGGGUAGAAUAUGUCAUGACGGCUGGGGAAUUGAGGAGGCCAUGGUAGUCUGUCGCCAGCUUGGUAACUUACUUCCUGUGUUAAACUCUCACAGUCACUUCGGAUACGCCUCAGUGCCGAUGUUGCUUGACGAUGUUGUAUGCACUGGAAGUGAAACAAGUAUUGAUCAGUGUAUGCAUAGAGAAUGGGGAGAUGUGGCCGGCUGUGGAAGUCAUAAUGGCCAUAUUACGGCAGGUGUAAGGUGUUCUCCUUCACGUGGUGCUGAGCCCCCUGUCAUUACCUGCCCAAAUAGUCGGACGGUCGAGACUGAUCCCAACCAGAACUUUGCCACUGUCUUCCUGCCUGACGCCUCGGCAUCCGAUAACAAUGGAUGGGUCGAGAUCACAAUUGAAGUAGGAAGUUCUACGUAUCACGUAAAUGACAGAGUCACUUUAGAAACUACAAAUUCUCCAUAUGUGCUACAGUAUACAGCAAGGGAUGUCAUUGACAACACUGCAAGAUGCAGCAUGGUUAUCACUGUCAUUGACACCAAUCCGCCAAGAUUCUUCCCAGAUUGCCCGGGUAACAUCUUUCGUCUCGUCAACAUUGGCAUCCAAUCCGUAUCUGUGUCAUGGCCAGCGUUUAAUGCAUCAGAUUCAAGCCCACCGUUGCUAUGGAACUCCAGCCAUCAACCUGGAGACGUGUUCCAAACUGGUGAGAUAACAGUGGUAGCAUACAAGGUGAUGGACCAAAAAGGAAACUCAGCAUACUGUAACUUCACAGUGACAGUGACAGGUGUAGAUUUCCAAUGUCCGGCCAAUAUCACAGUGGCCACGGACCCUGGUAUCAGCACAACAUCUGUUUCAUGGAUGCAACCCAAGGUGACAUUCAACUCAAUGAAUGGCCAAGCUUCAACCACAGAGAAUGGGAGUGGCUUUUAUGAAGAUGAUGAGGACUAUAACUACGAGGGUGGUGAUGGUAGCAGUGGCAAUCGUAUCAACGGAAGUGUUGUUUACCAACGAGACAAUGGAGAGACAGGAGUUCGAUUACAAUCAGACCAUCAGCCAGGAGACCUCUUCAGUAUCGGAGCUACUCAGGUGAUCUACCAAGUCCAAGAGACUGAGAUAGAAUGCCGAUUCCAUGUCAUCGUCGGGGAUGACGAACCUCCGAAGGUAUCUGGCUGUCCAGAUGACGUCAUCAUUCCUGUCACUUCAUCCUCCCAGCUGGUGACCCACUCCUGGAUUCCUCCAAUCCUUACUGACAACUCCGGCCAAGAUGUCAGUGUGACAUUCAACUGCUUACCAACCACUUUCAGUGAAUGUAACCGAGCAGGGAAUGGGUCCUUUUCUGUAGGAGAUACAACGGUGAGAUACACCGCCAGGGAUAUGUCUGGGAACAGGAAUGUUUGCGCGUUUAAUGUUACAGUUACAGAGGUGAAUCUUGUCUGCCCUGCGAAUAUCACCGCAUUUGCAAGUCCCGGUUCAACAACAACCAGUAUAAGCUGGUCAGAACCGGUUGUGAGUGGAUGGAAGGGAGAAACCAACUUCACCUCAAACUACAGCCCUGGGAUGACGUUACCGAUAGGAACCUACCGUGUCAGCUAUCAGCAGUGGUUUGCAGCAUAUGACUUGCUCCUAGAGUGUUCAUUCUUUGUGGGUGUAGAAGGUCAGUGUCCAGCCAGUAUCACCAGCGACAGAUUACGAUGGCCGGUGGCAGUAGCCGGAUCAGUGGCUAAGUCUGUGAAGCGAUGCGCACUGAAGACGGCAAACGCUGGUCAGCCUGUCGCUUUGAGGAACUGUUCGAAGGAAGAAGCUCCUUUGUUCUUUCGAUGGGAGGAGCACGCAAAUCGCAGCUGUGGUGAAGUGAAGACAGAGGUCUCUCUUGAAAACGUUAUUGAGGUGGAGGUUAGCAAGGGUAAUGCAGUUGAAGUAGCUGGGUUUCUGGCCAGUCAGACGUCAAAGUCAUCUGAGGAUGCACAAGAUAUUGAGGCGGUCUCCAGCAUUUUGGAGAAUAUUGCCAAGGCGGGAUCGGGAGAUACAGAGGUGACUGAGCUCGUGCUCGAAACUGUCAGCAAUGUCAUCCUUACUGUUGGGACAACUAUCGAUAGCGAGUCUCAACCUGCCGAAAUUGAUGCCGAAAGUUCCUCGGCCAUCGUCCAGUCCGUAGAGGCCCAAAUCUCUUUAACUCUUCAGCAGGAGGGGCAUGUCAGUAUACGACAGGACUCCAUCCACGUCGAGGCAGUCAGUAUGGAUCCCACGCUGGCAACGGAAGGACUUAGUUUCGCUUCCGUGAAACAGUCCACCACACCUGAGCCUGGACAGGGGCUACUUGCUGGUACUGAGGUCAAGACUUUAAAUUCUACCGUGAUACCCAAGGAUCUCGAUGUCUUAGCUUCAGCUCAAUUACCUAGCAACAUUAUUGGCUUGUUACAAUCGCAUAACGACAACACUUCUGCCGAGCUCCAAGCAAGUUUCCUGAUUUACGCGGAUGACAGCUUGUUCCAGUCUGCUUCAAUCAGAAAGUACCGAGGAGAGAAUAACUGGACUCGUAAGGUUGCUGGAGCCGUUGUCUCACUGACUGUUGAAAAUGUUGAACUUGUCAACCUUACUGAACCACUUGUCGUUGAAUUCAAGGAGGAAUCAAGCGACGUCCAUUGCGUGUCGUGGAAUUUUGAGCUUGAAGACGGCGUUGGUGACUGGACUACGGCUGGAUGCGAGCUUGUUGAAGAGACCUAUGACAGAGUAAAGUGUAACUGCACCCAUGCCACCAACUUUGCCAUCCUUGUGGAUGUGAAGGGCCAAGUUCCCGAUGAUGAAGAUCACGCUCCUUCUAAGAAGGCUCUCGAUAUCAUCAGUCAGGUCGGCUGUGUUUUGUCCAUCAUAGCUCUGACUAUUACGGUGGUCAUUUACCUGACUAUCAGGAAACUGCGAAGCGGCAAAUCUCGACAGAUUUUCAUCCACUUUUGCUUUUCUUUGCUGAUGUUGUACAUCAUUUUCUUGGCUGGCGUUGAUAAUGCUAAGGGAUCUGGAGGUGGUUGUGUGUUUGUUGCUGCUUUACUCCACUACUUGACUCUGACCACUAUGAUGUGGAUGGCUGUUGAAGCCAGGAACAUGUACGUCAGCACAGUGAAAGUUUUCCCAGAAGACACUCCUCGAUACAUGCUAAAGGCGAGCCUCAUUGCUUGGGGAACACCGUUGAUAGUACUGACAAUCACCUUGGCAGCAGCGACACAUCACUACAUCAACGACCAUUACUGUUUCCUGCGACCUGGUCUUGUGCUGUACAUUGGUCUCCUUACUCCCAUCGGUCUCAUCCUCAUCCAUAGCAUCGUCACCUUUGUCCUUGUCAUGCGCAGUCUCCUGAAGGUCAAAGAGGUAUCACGCUCCCAGCAGAUCUCCAAACGCCUCCACAAUGCUGUGGGUAUCUCUGUCCUCAUGGGACUGACCUGGUGUUUUGGGUUCCUGGCCAUCAACGAGGCGGCAUUCGCCUUUCAACUAAUCUUCUGUCUGGCCAACUCCUUCCAGGGUGUUUUUGUGUUCAUCCUGUUUUGUGUUCGUCGUGAAGAAGUUCGCACGGCCCUGGCUCCGUACAUGAGACGUAUCUGCUGUGGCAGGGAAUGCCAUCUGCCCAUGAUGCACCCUGACAAGUCAACAGAUGCUGAAAUGGUUUCUACUGCAGCGCAUACACAGCAGUCAUCCGGGCCAAGUGCCAAUUUGGAUAUGUCCAUUACAACACCACAGUGAAAACCGUGCAUUGAGCUACUGCAGGCAAGAUGUCGCGAUUCACAAUCGGGGUCCUGUAUUAUGCAUACAUUUAACAUGCUGUAACCUGUUUCAAAUCGUUCUAAAGAUUCUCGUCAUCCUCUUGCAGUUUGAUCUCUGAGUUGUUUGUAGUUAGUUUUUUCCAGAAAUGGGGAGAGAAACAAACCCGCGUGCACGUUUUAAGAUGUGUAUUGAGAUAUUCUGUGAUUGAAUAAAGCUUUUACACUGUUUGUUAGACUGGAAAGUUCCUGAGUAUAUAUUAAUAAAAUAUAAUAUGCUGCAUAAAUAGUUACGAGACAACCCAGUGUUCAUGUUAAAUCUGCUCGUAUUUAUUACAAUACGAAUAUGUAAAAUCUAGAAACGACACUGUGUUUCAUAGCUAUAUAUAGCCUAUGGAAAAAAGAAAACAAAAAAAUUGUACCAAAGUAUCAAUUUUAGACAAUAAAUAUGGAUAAUUGCUUAUCUUAACGAGAUGCAAGCAAGUAGAUGUAUUUAAAUUUCGUGGACACCAUGAAUCAUCCCCUGAAAACAGAGCAUACUGGUCAGAGUGUCGUGAUUUGUCACUUCAUUCUCAGGAUACAGACAGCUGAAAAUGUUACAUAUUUCUACAAAUAUUGAUAUGAUUUUGAAUUCAUUACGUACCACUUGUUCGUUUUGUGCCAUUUAUGCGGCUUGGCUGAUAUAAAAACUGCUACUUAUUCUAGGUUCCUGACGUCGGAAAGUACAAAGAGAUUAAUUUGUUGAAGGAAAUAAUUAUUUGAAGUUUACGAACGAGUGCCUCUUUUUUCGUGGCUUCUUAGAAGGCCACGCAAGCACUGCAUAACGCAUAAGUUGGACUACAUUCAAAUUCAUCAGAACAUUUAAUAGAACUUGGUCAUUAGUUUCAAAUUAUCCGUUUUUGAAUGUUAGGCCUACUUAUAACAUUUCAGUGGGGAUAGGUUUUGCAAUUGAAUAAGGCUCCACAUUAUACAGUUUGAUUUCCAGUUGUACUAUUCGGUAGUCAUGUUAGAAGCCGCCAAUGUUGGUCAAGAAUAAUCAGAAUAUUUAUAGACGCCAGAUAGUUUAACUGGGACCAGUAGGUGAAUACUUGAAUGUACAGUGGUAUGAAAUAUUACUCUGUUGAUCUGUAAUCAGAAGUUUUUUCUCCUAAUUUCCUUUAAUCCACACUAUGACAUACGGCAUUAGAGGAGACGGU